UCAUUGAUCAAACAUGUUAAUUUGAUGUUUCAAUAAAUAAACCUAUCAAACAACAAAAGAUGGAGUACUUAAUUACCAAAUCACUAAUAACAAACCCUUGUUAUUUGAUGGUGGUUGCAAAACCGCAAAAGAGUAUGUAACUUCUACAACUUUGUCCUCCCCUAAAAACCCCAACAAAACAAUCACUUCUAGCAAACAUUAAUAGUAGAAUAACUUUGGUAAUUUUUCGUAAAAAAAAAAUUGUUUGAAAUCCCACAUGAUCUUAUCGAGACAUGUUCAUAAUCUGACCCAGUCGUCGACCGUACAGGGUGAAAAAUCUGACUUGACCGUUAUUCAGUUAGGUUGAAAUUCUGAUCCGGGUUAAAAACUCUUCCAUACCAUAGGGGGCGGAUUUAGGACAUGUCUAGCGGGACGGCGGGGCGGGCUUCUACCCGUUUGUUUCAUGGCUGGGCCGAGAUUUCAACUCGUCCGAUUCAUGGCCAGACCGAGUUUUGAACCCGUUAAGUUUGAUUUUUCAGAAAAAAUUCUAAAAUCUUGCCUUCUUUUGGAGCACCUGACUACGAUGGCUACCAAGAUAGACUAAAGUUGUGACUCCAACGACCUCGAAGGAAUCCGAACAAUACUCAACGAUGAAGAAGAGUGUUGUUGGUUUUUGUAUUGUGUUGUGAUGUGUUUUGAUUUUAGUUUUUUUGUUGAUUUUUGUGUUCUAUAGGAAAGAAAGUGUUUCAAAUGUGUUGGGUUUUAAGAUUUAAGGCUUUUGAACACUAUGGUAAGUAGCCCUUGGCAAAUCAACCAAAGUAGAUGGCCACGGAGCCUUUCUUCCAUUUGAAUCAUCACACCAAAAUUAGAGAUUUAGUCUAGACGCACCUUCCAUUUAAAUAUUUUUCGUUCUAGUGAACAAAUUUUUUUUAAAAACAAUAUUACUUGCACAAAAAGGCAUCUAAAUUUAUGGAUCGAACUGUGAAGCAUUUGUUUCGUAAUUGGCAAGCAAAUUUCCCCUGUUGGUCGCUCGUGUUACAAAGUAAACUAAAGAAGGAAAUUCUGAAGCCGAACCAUAGUAAAGUAGAGACUUGCUGUACACUCCUAGGUUAUAGAAUAUAUAUAUAUAUAAACAGCCCAAAUUAAUCUUGGUAGAAUCUCUUGGUGAUGUACCGAUGUUUAAGUACGCCUAGGGCAGCUGAUAAUAUCUAGAGCUCCAAAUUGCUGUUAGCUGUCUGUCUGUCUGUCUGUCUCUACUUUCCUUUGGGACAAGAAGGGUUGGUGAGUUCUGUUCAUUAUAUCAUUCCUUCGCCUCAAUUCCACUUACCCUCUCCCACGCUCUCCUACCUUCUCGAUCGCCUCUUAACCCUUCUUUCGCUCUCACAACAUACCUCGAAAUUUCUAACCAACAAGCUAGGAAGCUCGCGCUCCAUCGUCGUCAGAUUACAUGAUAUGUCUAUUGCGGGGCCAUUGGUGUUGAGGACACUAGCCAGAGGGGUAGAACCGCUGGUGUGCAGACCGGUUUGCUCCAUCACGACGCUGCUGCACUACAGCCAUUUGCUUCCGAGAAACCUGGACCGGUUGAGCCGCUUCGUCCGGCCCGAGUUGCUGGUUCGAGGCAACCCUUUGUUCCUCUUUAUCAUUAAUCUCCUGCGCUGUUUCUGGUCCUAAUAUAUGAUUAGCGGAGGCGCCGAGAUUUUAUUAGUUGGCACCAGUUCUUAACAACGCUAAUAUAAAAGUUUUAACACCGUUUGCAGAAUAUCAUCAAUGUGUAGUAUACUAAUUCUUUUCCGUCCUAUUAACAACCCAAUCACCUGAAAAAUCAUCACAAAGAAUCAAACCGAAGUGUGCAAAUCCCUCUCUAUCAACAGUCUUCACUUUUCAAGCAGCAACCGUCUCUCUUAACGACUCAAAAUUCGGUUCCGUUAUUACCAUCCAAUUUCGAAAGCAACUAAAUGAGCAAAAUAGUAAAGCCCAAUUGAUACA